CGUUUCCGCUCUUGAAAUAGAAGGAGUUUCGAAGUCGUCGUGUGUACGCUACGUUUUCAACCCAAACAUGUCCAAAGUUAUAGAAAAAGUAGUUAUCUUUGGUGGCACGGGACAAACAGGACUUUGCUGCAUAGAGCAAGCACUAAAAAAAGGUCUCAAAGUUACUGCUUUAGUUCGUGAUCUAAGUCGACUACCAGAUGAAGUUGCCCCUAAAAUCAAUGUCAUCAGCGGGAACAGUACUAUCAAAGAAGAUGUUGCCAAGGCAUUAGAAGGUCAAGAUGCAGUUAUAGUUACACUGGGAACUCGAAAUGACCUUAAUUUUACAACUGUAAUGUCAGAUAGUCUGAAGCUAAUUCUUGACACCAUGUGCGAAACAGGAGUUAAGGCUGUUUCAGUUUGCAUGUCAUCUUUCCUCUUCAUGGAUCCAGAACGAGUACCUCCACGGUUUGCAGAGAUAAAUGCUGACCACAAAAGAAUGUUGGAAAUAUUGCAGUCUCCAAAAUAUGAAUCUCUUGAUUGGAUUGCUGUGUUACCUCCGCACAUAGCGGAUGAGCCAAGUAGCAACAACCAAUUUAAAGUCAAUCAUGGCUCAAGUCCCGGGCGCCAAAUCCCCAAAUCAGAUUUGGGACAGUUUAUGGUUGAAUGCCUGAGCCAACCUGAACACUAUCAUCAGUUGUGUGGUUUGGCUUAUCCUACUUUGCAAUAGAAGUAAUGAUCUCAAAAUUGCACGUGUCGUAUAAGCCAUUAUGACACCAGGCGGGGAGCUAUUAGGCAGUAGACAGAAUUUGCAGUGUAAGAAUCAGAUGCCAUUGCUUUAUUUCACUUCUGCUAAACAGUAACCAAAGAUAAUUUGAUUUGUGGUACAUUUCGUCUGAUUUGCGCUCGAUUAUAUAAGAAUUAUACAAUUAUUCCUUCA